UUGUCUUUCGAACUUCGCGGGGUUUUGUGCUGACUUCUUCGUCCUCCUCUCGCUCUGAACUCUGCUAGUAAGCCCCAAAGAUUCCACCUUUCUGAGAUUCUCGCGCACCCUUUUGUAUGUCGCGCAAGCAUCAGACAUGAGAGCUUUGAGAAGGCUCUGCACCCACAAGCACCUCCUCCAUCCCACCACAUUAACCACAUCCCUCGCGUUCUUCAAGCCCAUCCAGAACCCCCGUUUCUACCGCGGCGUUCACUCCACAACUCACCGCCUUCUCCCGCAAAAACCCAGUCUCGCGUCCUUGUUCUCGAGUUCUAAGUCGGAGAUGAGCGACACUGUUCACACUGUUGAGGAUAUCUACAACCCUGCCAACCGCUGCGUCGGAAGCAGUGACGGAGAAGCAGGGUCGGGUCCUGAGAACGAAGCGAGAAGUGGGAACGGCGAGAUUUCCGAAGAAAGGAGGCAUUUUGGGGGCGGGAGGAGUUCUUAUGCUGGGAGUGGGAAGAAGGGUAAGAAGAGGGGUUGUUGGGUUUGUUCGGAUUGCGGGUACACAGAUGGACAGUGGUGGGGUUCUUGCAGGUCGUGCCACAGCGCCGGGACGAUGAAGCAGUUCGCGGUGGAGGAGAACGGUGGCGGGAGUGAGAAAGCGAGGGGUUUCAAGGUUUCAGAGAAUGUGGUGAGGUCGUGGAUGCCGCAGCGGGCUGGCGAGGUGCGGCUGCUGCGGUUGACGGAUGUGAAUAGGGGGGUGAAUCAGUUAGAGUGGCGGAUUCCUCUGUAUGGAAACUUUGGGGAGGAGGUUUCAAGAGUGCUAGAUGGUGGUCUUGUGCCAGGUUCCUUAAUCUUGGUGGGAGGUGAUCCUGGUGUUGGCAAAAGUACCCUGUUGCUGCAGAUGGCUGCAAUGAUUGUUGAAGGGCACGAUCUUGGCAGAUUGGCUCCAGUUGUAUACGUCUCUGGGGAAGAGAGUGUGGAGCAAAUUGGAAGCAGAGCUGACCGUCUAGGCAUUAGAACUGAAGAACUGUAUGUGUGCUCAAGCACUGCUAUUGAGGACAUACUAGAAAAAAUUCAAGUUCUUUCACCUCGAGCUUUAAUUGUUGAUUCAAUUCAGACAGUUUAUCUAAAAGGAGUGGCUGGAAGUGCUGGAAGUCUCUCACAGGUGAAAGAAUGUACAUUAGCAUUGGGUCGUUAUGCAAAGAAGACGAACAUUCCUGUUAUAUUGAGUGGACAUAGCACAAAAUCUGGAGAAAUAGAUGGUCCCGGAGUUUUGAAGCACAUUGUGGAUGUCAUUUUGUUACUGAAAGGAGAGAAGCACUCCACCCAUCGUCUGCUGCAAUCCGUGAAAAAUCGCUUUGGGUCCACCGAUGAGCUUGGGGUAUUUAAAAUGUCACAAUCGGGACUGGAAGCUGUCUUGAAUCCCAAUGAGAUCUUAUUAAGUGAAGAGCAUUAUGAAUCAGAAGUUAUGGCUGGACUAGCUGUUGCUGUAGUGAUGGAUGGAUCUCGAACCUUUCUUCUCAAAAUUCAGGCUUUAUGUUUACCUAGCUCAAAAAUUUUUCGGCACAUCAAUGGCAUCCUACGAAGCAGAGCAGAAAUGAUUAUUGUGGCUUUACUAGAGCAAGCUGGUUUAAAGCUUCAGAAAACUGCCACCUUUUUAAAUGUGCUGAGUGGAGUGAAACUAUCAGAGACGGCUGGUGAUCUUGCCAUAGCAGCAGCAAUCUGCAGCAGCUUGUUUGAGUUUCCCAUUCCCUAUGGCGUUGCUUUUAUUGGAGAGAUUGGCCUCGGUGGCGAGCUUCACAUGGUUCCUAGAAUGAAGGAGAGGGUGCACAUUGUGGCAAAGCUUGGAUAUAAGAUGUGUAUCGUCCCAAGGUCAGCCGAGCAGGUUCUCGCGAAUUCAGCCUUUGAUGGCAUGGUCAUCAUAGGGUGUCGGAAUUUGAAGGAAGUCAUAAACACCGUGUUUACCCCCAUAUAA